UUUGGUGAACGAAUCCGCCUCUCGAUCGAAUCGAAAUACGAUGGGCGCUCUCAGUCUUGCUCUUCCUCUCUCGACUUUUCUCUACUUGUUGCCAUUAAUGACGAAUAUACACGAAAAGGCAACAUCCGUAGCUGAACAAUUGAACAACCUCAUUGAUAUCAGCGUACCAAAAAAAGAAAUUCAAAGAGAUGAUGGGGAAAUCACACUCGAGUUUUUGGGCGGCCCCUUAAGCCCAUCGGAAGUAACGAGAUCUACAGUCCCUAUGAAAGACUCGACGAAACUAAACGUAGGUUUUCAAGCUAAAGUAGAAUCGAAGAAGCUUCCGCUAAGUCCGCACAAUCGUAGAGGCAUCUCGGCGAAUGUUCAAUUCGCGAAUCAAGCAAAAUGUUCACAGGGAAAUGUCGCGUCGAAUGAGAAUAAAGCUUCCAAAGAGUUUUCAUCGGAAGAGGAAUGGGCAAAAAGUCCGACAAAAGCCGUUGAAGACGCGACGAUUGAAGAGAGUAGAAAAAACAUGACUCUUUUCCGCUUGUACGUCCCGGACAUUAAGGAUGCACCGAGAGAGAAAUUCGCCAAGGCGAGUAUGCAGCUCGGACUGGACGUCGGCGUCACGUCGAAGAAGGACACGGACGGGAACGCGGACAAGACCGAUGGCUCGGUCGUCGAUAAUCACGCGAGAAGGAAGAAAAAUUAUGUCCGACUUUGCAAGAGAAUUACCGACGGCUCGACGACGAGUUUGAUGCAGAAAUUACGCAAAGACUGCGUUAAGCUUCCGCGGAGUGAAUUUUAUCUCGAGCAAGGUACGAGGAACGUGAACAAGGAUGACACGAUUAGGCUCGUGGGGAAGACUGUCCAAGAGAAAGAGAACGAAAGUAAUGAAAACAAACAACGGGACGGAAUGAUGGCUGACGUUAUCGAAACACCGAUUUCAGAUAUUUCGGCCAAUUACGAUGAAUCGGAUGUAAAAGUGAUCGAUAAGUUUGGAAUGGGUCUGAACAUCAAGACGCCUGUAAUCGCUAAACUCUUGCGCAACGAUAAAAUUUCACUGUCCACGUCGACCACGCGUUAA